GUCUCUCUCUCUCUCUCUCUCACCCCAGAGCAGAAACUCAGCAUCGGGCCGGUCGUGGAGUGAAAGGAUUUAUAGUCUGAACGUCACGUCCCGACCAGCAAGAUGUUUAAAAGCAAAAAGAGCUCGCAGCAGCCCAAAACCAAGGUGCCCUCGGAGCUCAGCCGGCUGAUUGAUAGUGUGCAAAAGAAAGCUGACAUUGUGGAGAACAACAUCGUGGGCAUCGAGGACAACCUACUCCUGGAUGUGAGGAGGAAGACGGAGGGGAAGGAGUAUUUGUACCGUGAAGCCACCGACAAGAAGAUCGCGGACUCCAACGAGCUGCUGAAGGGGCUUCACACCGACGCUCACAACGCCAAUGAGAAAAAACACCCACAGGGAGCCAUGAUAGUGGAGGAUAUCAAGCAGCUGCAGAGACGAGUUGACAAGCUGAAAGUGGAACGUGAGAAGAUCUACAAUACAUCGAGCAGCCCCAGCAUUAACUGGUCCAAGCUCAUCGACGAGAAGCAGGUGGAACUGAAUAACAAAGGCUUUGGGAAUGACCUGCCGUCUGUGGAGCAGCAAGUGGAACAUCACAAUGUCUUCAGUAAUGAGGUGGAAGCAAUUGGAGAUCACAUCAACAAAAACAAGGACUCGCAAUACAUCAGCGGGCUCCAGGUCAAAUACAACAAACUGAAGACGGUGACGAAGCAGCGGCAGACAGAUCUUACCUCGCUGCGGGAUUACAUGCAGCAAUGCACCAAUGAGUUGUACUGGAUGGACACGCAGCAGAGAGACCGGAUGAACUGCGACUUCAGCGACCGGAACCUGGACUAUAAGAACCGACACCGGCAGUACGAGAAUUUCGUCAACCGAAACCUGGAAGCCAAAGAGGCCACGAUUACCAAACUCCACCAAGAUGGUAACAAACUGCUGGAGGCAAAUCACCCCGGAAAGAACCCCAUCGAGGCUCACAUGGAGGCCGUCCACGCUGAUUGGAAAGAGUACUUAAACCUGCUGAUCUGUGAGGAGAACCAUCUGAAGAACAUGGAGGAUUACCAUAAGUUUCACAAGGAUGCAAAGGAGGUGCAGGACCUUCUGAAGAGAGUGGACAAUGACCUGGAUCAUAACUUCAACCCCGAGUACAAGGACCAGCACCAGCUGCAGACCCUGCUUCGCAAUUUGGAAGACCAGGAUCGAGCACUGGACAAACACGAGGAAGUGGUGAAAAGUCUCCAAAAACACAGCCAGCAGGUUCUCCCUCUCAAGUUUCGCCGCCAAAUCCCUCCCAAGCCAAUCCCCGUGGAGGCGCUGUGUGACAUUGACGCUGAAGGGGGUCGAGUGCAUCGCGGGGAGAAGUAUUCCCUGAACAAGAAGCUCAGCCCUACCCAUUGGGAGGUGUCAGACCACGCUGCCCGCAAGCUCAACGCUCCAUCUGUCUGCUUUGUCAUCCCACCCACUGACCAGGAGGCUGUGGCCAACGCAGACGAAAUUGCCAACCAAUACAAGGACAUCAAACAGAAGAUGAACAGAGUCAAAAACGGCCUCCAGAAACGAUUAAAUGAGCUGAAGCCGGGCAUCCAGUCAGCCACAAAGAGCCCAGCUCUCCAGCCCGUGUCAAGUGUUGAGGACAAGCAGGGGGCGAAACUGGUGGCAGAUCUGAACAAGAUCAAUGAGGACCUGAAUAAACAGCGCAGCACCAUCCAGAGCACCAUCCGCCCCCCCCUGGAUAACAGCAAACCUCUACAGGACAGCAACAACCGCAUCCAGGACCUGGCGAACAUCAGCACGGACAUUGGUAAGCUCGAGAUCGAGAAGAUGUCCAAAGAGCGUCAGGUCCAGGCUUUCCUGGCACAGAAGCCUCAGAACAGCAGCGCUCCGCAGCUCCGUGAGGGCUUGGACAACACCAACCAGACCUUCGAGGACGUCAGCCUGCUGCUCAACUGCUCCGAGGAGAAGGUUAAGGCUGCGAACCGCGCAGUGAACAGUCUGCGGAAAGGGAAGACCAUGAUCUCAGAGUACGAAAAGAAGUUGGCUACAGAGCGGACGGUGCCAGAGGGCAAAUGGGGCCUGGACAGCAGGCAGAAGGAGCUCGAUGCCAUGAAAUCCGAGCUGAUGUCUAAGAAGCCGAUCCUGCAGGAAGCCGAGCAAAACGUGAACGCAGUGAAGAAGAACUGCCAGGCUCUGGCCAACAGCUUCCAGGAGCAUUGCCCCGACAUUGAACACCAGGACUCCGACAUGAAAAAACUCAACAAGAGAUUUGAUGAUCUGAACAAGCAAAUAACCGACAGGUCAAAAAAUCUACAACCCAUCAAGGAGACGUACGAUGAUUUCCGCUCCGAAUCGGACACUCUGCACGCCUUUCUGGCCAACAUCCCAGUCUACGAACCCCAGCCCCACGACACAAUCAGGGCUAUCGAAAGUAAACUCGCCAACCAGAAGCGUGUGCUGGCAGAUAUUUCCAACAAGGAGCCUGAGCUUAAGAAGACAAUCAGAGAUGCGGAGAAAUACCAGCAGGCGGUCAAGGACUAUGAGCUGGAAACCGAGAGGUUCAGGUCAAGAGUCAACCCCGACAAUACCGAAACUGCGGCCAAAAAGCCCCGAAUUCCAUCCCCGGCUGAAAAGAACAAAGAUGAGGAAGCUGCUCUGGCCACCAAGUUUGUGGAAGUGAAAGCGGUGAAUAACCAGCGGCUGCAGAACCUGCAGUUUGCACACAGCUUGUUGAAACAGAUGCCAGAGACUGAAAUAGUGCAGCAGCAAAAUCAGUCCCGCAAUUACUCCUCGGCCCCUGACGAGGCCUGGCAACUGCAGGAGGGGAUAAAGAGACGGCAAGAGGUGGAGAAGGAACUGAAGGAAGUCAAGAAAGAAAUCUCACUCAUGGAGUCUCAGAAACUCAAAGAUCAACAGAUUUUAACCGAGGUCAUCAAAAAGGUACCUGAUCCUCACCUGUUAGAUGAACUGUACAAGGUUCAGGAAUGCUUAGCGGAUGAGGAAAGGCAGAGCAAGGCAUUGCAGGAUGAAAUGGAGACCGUCAAGCACAAGUUGGGAGUUCUGGACAAGUUAGGUAAGGAGCCUGCGGUGGAGUAUGUCACCAAAGAGGUACUUCGUAUCGAGCCUGACAGGGAACAGGAAAACAUGGUCCGACAGCUCAAGGAGGACCUUGAGGAGGUCAAAAGACAGAAGGCGACAAACGAGAAUGACAUUGGCCGGCUUCAGAAACGCCUGCAGCUUUUGAAAGCAGAGAAGAACAAGGAUCAAGAGAAGAUCACCAAGCAAGAGGUGGUCAAGGUUAAGAAUGAUCCCAAGCUGGAGGAGGAGGUGAAACGUCUGACUGAGAACAAGAAACAUGAAAGCCACUUGCGGCAGCAGAAGGAAGAGGAGCUGAACUCGCUGCAGGAACAGCUGAAACGGCUGGAAAAGGAGAAGGUCAAGGCCGAGGAGAGAGCCAUCGUCAAAGAGGUGCUGAAGGUGGGAAAAGACAGUGCUUCCGAGAGAGAGCUGACAUCUCUCCAACAGCAACAUGAGAACGAAAUAGCCAAGAAACGCUCACAGGAACGAGAGAAGGCGGAUCUCCAGAGAAAGAUCCAGCAGCUGGAAGCGGAAAAAUCCAAAGUUGUCGUUCAGGAAAAGCUGCGGGAGAUUGUCCGGCCGGACCCCAAGGCUGAGACCGAGGUGGGUAAUCUCAGGCACGAUCUACUGAAUCAUCAGAGAAAAUACAAUGAAAUCGAGGACCAAGUCUCGAGCAUCCAAGAUGAAAUAGAUGAUCUGAAAAACCGAGGCCCGAAAAUUGAGAUCAAAAACAAAGUAAAAGAGGUCAUCAAAUACAAACCAGAUCCCGAAACUCAACGAGAACUGGAGAAUCUAAUGGAAAAGGUUAUUGACUCAAAGAGAGGGAUGGACAGGGCUGAGGUGGAAAAACAACAGCUGCUGAAGGAGAUUGAGAUCUUGAAGAACACUAAACCUCAAACCGAAACCAAGGAAGUGGUAAAUGAGCUCACCCAGUACCGGGAAGAUCCAAAGACCAAGGAAGAGGUGGAGUUCCUGAAAGAAAAAUUAGCAGAAGAGCAGAAAAAAUAUGUGGAGCAAGACCGAGAUAGGAUGCAAGUUGAAGAAGAUAUCCUACGGAAAGAGAGAGAUCUGGCCCACAUAAGAGAGAAAGUAGUGCAACAAGAAGUGGUGAAGCUUGAAGAAGACCCUGUCCUGAAGUCAGAAUGUGUUUCAUUCGGAAAAGAAAUCGAGCAAGAAAAACGCAAGCAAGAGCAUUUGAAAGCUCAGUUACAAACUCUAAAUCUCCGGAAGGCUGAACUGGAUGAACAGCUGGAGGAACUGGAGGCAGAGAGAAGGGCUCGGCGUGAUGCCGAACUGGAGAUCAAGAGAUUAAGGAUAAAAGUCAAUGAUCUCGAGGAGAAAGAACGUGAGAUCAGAGAUAAAGUGGUGGUGAAACAGAAGGUUGUGCUUCAACAAGACCCCCAACAGGAGAAAGAGAAGUCGCUCCUUAAAAUGAACUUGGAAGAUGCCAAAGCCAAUCGAAAGUUGCUUGAACAAGACCUUCACAAACUGAAGCUUAAAGAGAUUGAACUUGAUACAACCAAAGUCAAGGAAAAUCUUGUUUUCACAGAGAAAUUUCAAGUGGAGAAAGAUCCUGAGACCGAAUUGGAGAUUGAGCGUCUUCGAAAGAAUUUGGAGGAAGAAGGAAAGCUUAAACAUGACCUUUUGAAGGAACUCAACCGUCUGAGUUCUGAACUGUCGGACGCAGAGUUCAACAACAACAAGGCAUUGAAGGAAUUGGACAACCUGAGGGAGGAGAAUGCCAAAGUACAGAGGGAAAACCAGAAUCUGGUCAAUGAAGCAAGAAGAAUGCAAUAUGACAUCCAGUCGACCAUCCAACAGACCCACCAGAUGAAGGCAGAAAAGCCAUUUGACACUUUUGCAAAUAUAGAAGGAAUGGAAGUUCGAUCUUCUUCCCUAGAGCGAGAGCUGGAUGAUUUAAAGAAGAAGACGGCAAGCAAAGAUAAGGAAAUCAAAGAGCUACAGAAGGUUCUCGACACAUUGAAAAUAAAGAGGGAACAGAGGGAGAACAGCUUGCGCCGAGACAUUGUGAUUAUAGAUCCCGACACAGGCAAAGAAAUGUCUCCCGAGGAAGCCCACAAGUUCGGCUUCAUCAACUGGGAAAUGUUUGUGAAUCUUCGGAGCCAGGAAUGUGACUGGGAAGAAGUCUCAGUAAAAGGACCAGGAGGCAAUUCAUCCAUCCUCCACGACCGCAAAUCUGGGAAGAGAUUUUCUGUGGAUGAGGCCUUAGCAAAGGGCAAGAUUACCAAUGAGCAACUUAAACAGUACCUGAAUAAGGGCAUGUCUAUCCAAGAAUUUGCAGUUCUAGUGUCAGGGAAGGACCAACUUAGUGGUUCAAUCGCUUCCAACAGCAGCAGCAUUAAGGAUUAUGAUCAAGUCUCUUCCACAAGUUCCAGUCUACAAGCUCUCCCUCCCAAACAGUCCAAGCCAGAUGAAACACAAACCAUUGGAGGGGUGUAUGAUGUGGACACAGAUUCUAAAAUAUCCGUCACUAGCGCAGUCCACCGAAAUCUCAUUGACCCACAUACUGCGGUGAUGCUGCUGGAAGCACAAGCAGCCACUGGUGGGAUUGUCAACGUGAACAAUGGCUCGCGGUACAAAGUGAGGAGGGCAGCGGACCUUGGUUUGAUUGACGAUGAAAUGGUACAGAAGCUCAGCAACGCUGAAAGUGCCUACACUGGGAUAGAAGACCCCAGAACCAAAGAACUUCUUUCAGCUGCCAAUGCUGCUCAGCACCAUUUGCUAUACACUGACGCUGCAGAACGGUACCUGUUGGCACAGUACUUAACUGGGGGUGUGGUUGACCCAGUUACAGGCGAGAGAAAAUCCCUACCAAGAGCAAAGGCAGCUGGUCUAAUAGAUGAAGAUAUGGUCAACACACUCAAAGAUCACAUCUCACACCCUAAGGAUCUGAAUGAUCCCAUAAGCCACCGCAAGAUUACCUACAAGGAUGCUAUGGAUAUAUCCAUCAGUGACCAGGAAUCGGGGCUGCUGCUGUUUCCUGUCUCAUCAGCUUAUUCAUAAAGCGUUUGGUCUCUUACAAAGGAUUCCCCAGAACAACUCUCUGACUAUCUUUCACGUUAUCUGGGAAAUGAAAGAAAGCUGCAUUAGAAAAGUUGGAUGAAAGAACUUGAACUCAUUGGGGUAGGAGGGGGAAGCUACCUGAAUAUAAAUGAAUAUAUCUGCAACUGCUGCUUCAAGGUUAUGGUUUCUUUUACCUCGCAUCUCUCAAGUCUAGUUUCCAUUGUAUCGUGUCAUCAUUUGAAAGGUAUUAAAGAUAUUUAAGGAAUACCACUGAAAACCACUUUAGUCAGUGGAACCUGCAGUCUCAAUACCUCAUUCAUGCUUUGACUCCUCAGUGCUGCAAAUGUUCACAGUAUCAGAACAAGUCAAGAAAAGGUGUUUUGAAGACAUGUAAAUAUGGUUAUUGAUAUCUCAGGGCCUGUAGCGAAAGAAAAGUCAGCUAACAUUGCUGGGGGUGGAGGAAGGGACACACACCAAUCGUUGGUUUGUUCCACUGUUAAGUGGUCAUAACCAAACACAUGCUGGGGUGAGUCAGUUAUCAUUUAGGAAGCGGAAUGUGUUCUCAUGAUUCUUCUGCCCCCCCACCCCCACCUCACACAAUCCUCAAAAUCUGACUGACAGGCCCUAAACUCUGACUUUCAUUGGCCAGUGAAGGGUAUAUAGCUGACAUUAACUACUCCAAAUAACUCACAGUAACCUGUAAACAGGUCAGUGUUAUAGUCCUUUUGUUUAGGCGAUACUGUAUCACAGCUCUUUUAAAAACAAUUGAGCUGUUUAAAGCAUUUAUAAAAAUAUAUUGCAUGUUUCCUAUGUUUAAUCUGCAUUCCCACAUGUUUAACUUACAUUUAUGGUAUCUCACCUUUUAAGGGACUGGAUUAUUUUCAAGGGUUCUAUUUGUUCUCGGUACAGAAAUAAAAAAAUAAAUCUGUUGUGAUUAUAAAAUAUG